CUUGAAGACCACUGCGUUGCCUAUCUGUUUGUUUGUUAGUUGGAGAUGGAGUUGACUAUCCCGGUUGAACAGAUUGGAUCCGAACACCAAAAGAUUCCGGCACUGUUAGUUGGUAUUGAAAAAACGGUGUGUACAAUACGGUAUACUGCAAAUCACUGUACAAUUAAAGUCGGUCUUUCCGAGCUUCAAUUGGCCCCAAAUGCGUUUUCGAUCAACGACAAGCUGGAUAUCCGAUCUGGUUCGUCUGAAAAUGAGGAAAUGCCUCAUAAUUCAAACCAUAACUUCUCACCCAGAGAUCCUGUUGAGGUCUGGCUAGAUUCUGGUUCGACUGCAAAGAAAAAAAGUACAACAGAUGUAGAAACGAGCGACCCUGUGGAAAGUAUGUCUAGUGGUCCACCUGGGGCGUGGUGGCCUGGUCGAGUUCUUACCAUACAAGGUGGCUUCGCACAUGUCGAGGUUGCUGCCCCAUUACAGGAGUACACUGGUGUAGAAGAUAAACCAACUGCACAUGCCAUGCCUCAUUUAAUUGGACUUGGUUCUGUAGUCUUGCCAUAUCGCUCAACUCUUGUCAAGGUAACGGAAAUUCGAGUUCCAUGGAAUGGCAAAUUUCCGUGUGAUCAUACGGAGGAUCGAUCUCAAGCAGGUACUUUGACGCCAGGCUUCAUUAAGGAUAACUUAGUCGAAUCGAAUAAUUUGUUAAUCCCAGGAGUCCUUCAUCGCCACAGUAUUUGCAUUCCAGCUUACUUGUAUCGAUUAGCAGCCAAUCCAGAAUCGCAUUCAACUUUAGCUAAAUUUUGUAGUGCUCCUUGCCUUAUCCAGUGUGAUUCUGAACCAUUUCUCCCAGGGACGUUUGCGAAACUGAUACUAGGAGAUAAAGAGGGAUCAAAUGGAUCUGGACGACACACACCAGUUCAUGCAGACUAUGGAUCAAUGAGUCCUUCCUUGUGUCUAUCGACAUAUACAUGGCCUUCACCAUCUCUGAUAUCACAAGCAGCUAUGAUGAAUGUUCCGUAUAUUGCCGGAACUCUGAGUCCAGCAGGGAUUACAGACCCAAACAUCCUCUUGACAGGUCUACCUGGAGCCAAUGGACCUCUUGUACUGCUCCAUAUCUGGUCCGGUUCGUCUGAAGCAAUUCGACGCGCAACUUUCUUAGAAUUGGGCCACAUUCGUUUGUUGGCUGUUCGAUUUCAUUUGCUAAGAAAUUUAUCCAAAGGGGAAACUGGUGAUCUGGAAUUGUCCAACAGCGGUGAACUAGAUGUUGAAGAUGGCGAUGCUCCUGCAAUUCAUUGUAAACCUAUAAGUAUGCCAGCAACUGUGUCCAGUGACAAACAAGCGUCUGGCGGAAUGAUUAUUGGUUAUGAAUGUCGUUUCCGAAUUUUGCCACAUUUGAUUGGUCUUGCUAUUGGGCAUCGUGGUGCAACUAUUCAAGAAGCUCGAGGAAUACCUGGAGUUCGUGCGGUGGAUCUUCUUUUUGAUGGAAUUGUCCAUGUAGAAGCUGAGACUAUUGAAGCAUGUCACGCGGUGAGAAAUCUUUUGGAUUUCACUGAAGUUGAAAUUCCAGUCCAACCACGAUUAGCAAGUAGACUGAUCGGAUCAAAAGGCAUGAAUAUUCGCAAAUUAGCAGAAGCCGCAGGUGUUCGGCGAGCUAAGCUACUUGAUCCUUUCGCUAGAAAGCGCAGACUAAUGGCUCAACGUCAAAGUCAUUGCCCAGUACGUGUUGACUUGGAACGUGGAGGUUCUGUAACGGAUGGUGAUGCUCAUGAAGACACAUCAAACGGUGAAGAAACUGACAACGGGAACGAAAAGCUUUCUGUCAAUCUUGACGGUUACUUGAAUGAUGAUAAGAACUCCGGUGGUAUCGUCGACUUAUCCCCUGCUUUCUCUCUUGUUGGUACACGUUCAUCUGUUGCGAAAAUGCGUCUACUACUUGAAUUCCAAGCAGAUAAUUGGAAUGAAUUAGAUGAAUUAGAAGAAGCCAGAAGAUCGUUGUUUAGUCAGUUGCGUCAAACCAAUCAACUCAAUCACCAGUCGGAUUCUGCAUCACCUACUCGCAUUUCGAAUGGCAGGCCUAGUAGAGGUGGUGGGAAUUUCGGAAGGAAUCGAACUGUGGGUCGCGGUCGUCGACAACCUGAGAGCUUUGUUCCUGAGCAAUCUGUGGAUGAAAAAGAAGUAUCUCAUCCACCUAAUGCGCAUGGGCAACACCUGCGUGGCAAAAAUAUCCACCAGUCAGAUGUACCCAAUAAUAAUAUGAAAAAUCGUCAAUCAUCAGUCAAUGAUUCGUAUUCUUGUUAUUCUAACGGUGUGAUGUCAACCGGUGAUCAUGGAAAUCCACAAGCUGACAAUAAAGCUAUUAAAAAUGAUAAUUUGGGCGCACAUAAUGUAAAUGACGACCAAACAUCAAAACAGAAUAACGGUACCUCUAGACGUAGUCAAAACCGUAAUAAGGCAAGAGCAAGUUAAUAUUUGCGGAUUUAUGAUAUUUCACCAAGAUCUUAUGGUGUCCUUUUACAUACGUUGCCUUUUGUUCCAAAAGCUAACUAUUUUGAGUUAAAAUGUGCUUUCUUAAAGUUAUUAGGUUUAUCUUUCCACAAAAUGUUCAUAAUCGUAUGCAGUGUAGAUGGUCUUCCUCCUAGUAUUCUGCAUAAAUGCUCUUUCAUUUUCAGACUGCAUCUCAAUAAUGACAGGACAUCAUGUGUUUGUUUAGAUAUCCGCUUAGCCUUUUGAAGUGCAUUUACACGCGCGCCACCACUGUGUAAUUAAACAUGACUUUGUUUCUCUAACCAGUCUGUACCUUUUUACAUUGCAACCUCAAAUUGACUGACGAUUAUCUUUUAGCUUUUCUCUACCACCAUCCAUUGAUAAAUUUUGAUCUUUGAAAAUAAGAUUGUUGGUUUUGCGUAUUAUUUUUUCGAUGUGGAGGUGGGGCAAAUCAUUUCUUCAGUAAACAACAUGAUUUUAAACAUUGGGAAUCUGUCGUGUUUCUGCUUGAACAUCGAUAAUUGAAAAUUGUAACACGUAGGUGUGUUGAUAGAAACACUUAGUUUAAAUUUAAGUUUCGAGCCUGAGUGUCUCAGAGAUUACACAUUAUUUGAUGUUUC